UUGCCGAGAGGGGGCCGAGGAUAGGCCAAUGGGGACCGGCGCGGUGACGACAAGAGUAUGUCGGAAUGCUGAGGCGGCGGCGCUGACCGGGUGCUGAGGUAAGCGCCGGGGCUGGCUGCGGACUCGCCUUCCCUUCUUAGACCCUGGAUGGGACGCCGGCGGCGCGGAGCCUGAGGCCGCUCUGCCUGGUGCUGCAGCCUGUCUUUCCCAGGCCGGCAUCCUCUUGUCAUACUGCAGCAGUUGGGCUUCUUUUGGAGGCUGGCCUGCAGCCAUGUCCACGUUCAGGCAGGAGGAUGUGGAAGACCACUAUGAGAUGGGCGAGGAAUUGGGCAGUGGUCAGUUUGCAAUUGUGCGGAAAUGCCGUCAGAAGAGCAAUGGGAUGGAGUAUGCAGCCAAGUUCAUCAAGAAGCGUCGGUUGUCAUCUAGUCGUCGGGGUGUGAGCCGGGAGGAGAUAGAGAGGGAGGUGGACAUUCUUCGGGAGAUCCAGCACCCUAACAUCAUUACCCUCCAUGACAUCUUUGAGAACAAGACAGAUGUAGUGCUGAUCUUGGAGCUGGUUUCUGGGGGUGAGCUCUUUGAUUUCUUGGCUGAAAAGGAGUCCCUAACUGAGGAAGAGGCGACCCAGUUCCUUAAGCAGAUCCUAGAUGGUGUCCAUUAUCUGCACUCCAAGAGGAUUGCCCACUUUGACUUAAAGCCAGAGAACAUCAUGCUUCUGGAUAAGAAUGUGCCCAACCCUCGAAUCAAGCUAAUUGAUUUUGGCAUUGCCCACAAAAUUGAGGCGGGGAAUGAGUUCAAGAACAUUUUUGGAACCCCGGAGUUUGUAGCUCCUGAGAUUGUGAACUACGAGCCACUAGGUCUGGAGGCUGAUAUGUGGAGCAUUGGAGUGAUCACAUACAUUCUUUUGAGUGGAGCAUCACCAUUCUUGGGUGAAACCAAGCAGGAGACUCUCACCAACAUUUCAGCUGUGAACUAUGACUUUGAUGAAGAGUAUUUCAGUAAUACCAGUGAGCUGGCUAAGGACUUCAUCCGUCGACUGCUUGUCAAAGACCCCAAGAAAAGGAUGACCAUUGAGCAGAGCCUGGAGCAUUCAUGGAUUAAGGUGAUUAAGAGGAGGAAUGUGCGGAAUGAGGACAGUGGCAAGAAGCCAGAGCGUCGGCGGCUGAAGACAACCCGUCUCAAGGAGUACACUAUCAAAUCCCACUCAAGCAUGCCCCCGAACAACACAUACAUCAACUUUGAACGCUUUUCUAAGGUUCUGGAGGAGGUGGCAGCUGCUGAAGAGGGCCUGCGGGAGCUGGGGCGAAGCAAGAAGCUGUUCCGUGAGGACAUUGAGGUCCUGACUUCUAUCUAUGAGGAGAAGGAGGCCUGGUAUAAGGAGGAGAAUGAGAGCAUUGGCCAGGACCUCAGGCUGCUUCGCCAGGAGCUGCACAAGACAGAGGCACUGAAACGGCAGGCCCAAGAAGAGGCUAAGGGAGCGCUGCUGGGGGCUAAUGGGCUGAAGCGCCGCUUUAGCCGCCUGGAGAACCGCUUUGAGGCCCUGGCUAAGCAGGUGGCAUCGGAGAUGAGGUUUGUUCAGGACCUGGUCUAUGCCAUGGAGCAAGAGAAACUGCAGGAUGGGGACUGCAGUGUGCGUUAGUGGUUCUACGGGCUGGUGGAGAGGAGUGCCAACAGAGGUGGGGAGAGUCAGACUAAAUGUCCAACAGCCCGUUGAGGCAGAGGGAAACUGACUGAAAACUUGCAUGAAGACAGAGGAUCUAGGAUUGGCUGCUCUCUUCUACCCCUACCUCUCUAAGGGCCCUCUAGCAAAGAGCACAGACAAUGCUGACAUUCCUUUUAUGUACCCUCCCUGGGAGGCUUUGAUUUUUUUCUUAAUCAGAGGGAUAGGAGACAGGGAUUGGCCAAAAAGGAAUGUCAGCAUGAAAUAAGAAUGUAUUGAGCAAUAACAGUCUCUGCAACACUGCUGCUUACCCUGGUUUAGUCACAGUUUGAAUUGGGUGACUUUGGAAGACACCAGCUUCCUUUAUUCUGCCUUGGGACUGAAGAAGCUUCCCAUAAUUUAUGCAGCUGAGGGACAUUCUAGGUUUGAGGGUCAGUGCUGUUGUCACCACCACCCCCUUGCCUGGUAAAACAGAAAAAGUAUAAAUGUUCCUUAUGCCACUGGACACAUAGCUGAUUGUCUUCUGGAGGAGACUCACUGUGGCAGACUCUGCCCCCAGCCCCUGAAUGGAGAACAGCAUGAACAGGGUCUGUUAUGUGCACCUAGAGAAAUUCUGAACAGGGCCCUCAUAUUUUGAACUGACCUUUUUUGAGAAGAUACCACUGUUAGCUAAGACUUGCAGAGCUGUAAGCCAUGAUGGAAAACAUGAAACUACAUGAGAAUAAAAUAGGACAUCCUCCCAAAGUUAGACACAGUUGGAAUAUAUAUGUAUUUUAAAAAAUUUAGCAAAUGCUCUUCUAGCCUUUUCUGUGUAAAUGCACUGAGAAAAAAAUCUUGCUCCUUUGUAAAGUCGCAGUUGAUAUUAAACACAGACCAUUCAAAUUCUGUCCCAGCAUUGAAUGGUGGCUCAGGCCUAGUGGCUGUCCUGGCACCCCUCCUUACUCCCAGUGCCUCCUAGCCAUUGGCCUACUGGCCAGGGCCAUUUGUUACCCUGUACAUGGGUGAAAAGAUAGGCCAACAGUCUGUCUAUACCCAAACAUUUUUCUUUGGUUUAUGGCCAUGGCUGCAGUAAAGCCCAGUACCAUCUGUGACAGCGUUUCAAACUCAUUAUCACCCAGAAUUUUUGGAGAAGCGCUGGGCCGGUUCCUUAUUUUCAUCUCCCAGGCCAGUCUGCCCACGCUUACUGCCUUUCCCUCUUGCUGCUGGCUAUUCUACUGCACAAAGUGUCCCAAAAAGUCUUAGUGUUAUUUUAAUCUACUUGGGCUUAACACUGCUCUAAGGCUUUUGGGACACCCUGUAUUUUUUGAAGCCAGAUUUCUAGAACUCUUGUAGGCAAUUUUCAGUUGCACCCAGGCAAGCUCCUUGAGGGCAAGGACAGUGUUUUAUUUUUCAGGAUUGGUUUUUUCCAUCUGUGAUUACACUUACUCUACCUACCUCAGACUUGUUGGUGGAAAAGUGCUUUGCAAUAUGAGUUAUUAUUAUUUUUUCUCCACAGCACCUGGUACAUAGUACCAUAUACUUGAUUGUUUUUUGAAUGCUGAGUCAAGCUUUUUGGGCUUAGAGACUUCCCCCUUCCUUGGGCAGUUAAUUGUAGGAUUCAGCAAAUUCAACCCAAAUCACGUUUAAGUACCUACUAUAUGUAUAGUCCUGUAUCUACUGAGUGCUGAGAGAGAAAAAUAAACUUAAGUGGUUCCUGCCGUUAUGGAGCUUACAGUCUUGUAGGUCAUAUUAAAAAGGGUUAAAACCAGAAGGAAUCAUUUAAUCCAUUGGAGUCAAACUCAAAUAGAAAUGGGGAUCUCUUAGGGCUGCAUAUGUUGACUUAGAAAACAACAUAUUAACAGUAUCUACGUUCUAUUGUAUUUAUUUAUUUUGUUAAAUAUUUCCCAAUGACAUUUUGAUGUGGUUCAGGCCUGAGUGUUGCAGGCUACAAUGUGGGCCUUCUGUUUGACACCUCUGAUCUGUCCUCAUCUUACCGCUUCAGAAUUGGGUCCAGAAAAGUUGUGACAUGUCCAUAAGAAAAGGGAAAGGAUGUUUUAAAAAUCAUGAGUUAUUUAUGGGAUUCUGGACGGAGAUCUAGAAAGGACCUCAGUGGUCAUUUAAACCAACCUUCUCAUUUUUUACAUGCGGAAACAGGUUUCAGAUAAUGUAGGGAGUCCUUCAGGGUAACUUGCUGAAUCUCUGACACCCCAAGUCAAACAGAGCCCUAGGCAGUCUUUAUAGAUCAUGUCAAAUAUUUGUUAAAUCAACAAUGGUGCUUAGCAGUGCCUUCAGAGCAUGGGAAUACAUGGGAAAGGACACUUGUAAACUCAUGCCCUCAAGGAUCAGCUCACUUAAUCCAGGUGUCUCUUUAUGGAACAAGACACUUCUUUUGAGCUGCCUGUAAAGAGAAUUCAGAUUUCCUAUGGGUUUCCAUUACAGAACUGGAGAUAUGUUCUCUAAUAGAUGGAAUCAAAUACUUUUUUGUGAAUGAGUUUGUAUUGUGGUCAGACUUAUGACAUCAUGAUGUUUCUAAUUCUAGCAUCUCUUCUCUUCUUUCACUUCUUUUUUUCCUAUCAGCCUUUUCUCAGAUCAUGAUAAUUUCUUCAGUGCCUGGGGAUCCUAGUUCUGGUCUUAGUUCUUGGAACUUAGUCCUGUUUUUCUUUUAGGUUGGGUAAUUUAGGUUAUGUAAUCAGGCAAUAAUACCAUGCUUGGCCACCAGAUGCUGCCUUCUAACAAAUUAUAUACACUGGCCUGAAAAAAACCCAAGUUUGAGGCUGCAGGUUUUAUAAAAUGAAUUAGUGCCCAACGUUACCUAAUUCUUUUAAGUUUGGAAAUCUGUAAAAAUAAGUUGACUUAAAGUAAAAGGUACCUGUACAGUCUUUUCUUAGCCUAGAGAGUGGUUGGGCACACUUUUAGGAUACUAGGGUUAGGAAUGGGCUUUUCUCAACUGUAGCAAUGAACUCUGUGGGAGUUUCUUCUCCUAGUGAAAUUAUCUUCUCUUUUCAUAUUUACCUACAUAUAACUUUUUGGAGUUCUUAAGAUAAUGAAAGGUCUAUCUCAUGGAGAAAGUUGAGUAAGCACUUCCCUUUACCUUCCCUGGGUCUCUUGAAUGGUCAUGGAGAUCAAAGGAACUGGGGUGUGGGCAAAUCUGAGAUUUGGCGUCCUCGUGGAUAAACUGUUGAGGGACAAGGGAACACUAGAUCAGAAGCAUGAAGUACCUUCUGUUCCAGGAGCAGAGGGAGAGAAUUGGUGCCAUCUCAGGCAGUCACCUCUGGCCACUGGCACCCCAAAGACUCUGAUGCAUAAGGUCUGAGAUAUAGGUGGUACUACAUGCCACGACUGUUGGGAGCUAUAGUAUGAUGGUAUGUAGUGUCAGAAACAUCCUCUUCCCUGGGGUUACAUUUGUGGGGGGAGAGAGGAGUUUCUCUGUUUAGCUGUUUAUAGAGCAAUGAUUAGAGGAACCCAGGAAUCACAAUAGUGAUGAACCAGGGUCCAGAAGCACCAGUGAUGGUAAAAGUACCUCUCAUUAGUCAUUUCAAACUGUUAAUUGAGGGCUUAGUCAUGUGUAAGGCAUUCUGGUAGGUGCUGGGGACACGAAGACAAAAAUGAAUUCGUUCUUGCCCUCUGGAAGAGGCAAGUGGUCUCAGGGUGUCUAAAGCUUCCUGGAGAGCAGGGGGGCCAGGGUAUUUGGUUCUAGGGGAGGUGGUUCCAUCCCCCUCGCCCCUCUUGGUGCAUGGCUCCUGCCUGGUCAAGAGUUAAUGCCUCCCACUCUUAUGCUUUGUUAUUCCCGCAGAUAUAUGUAACCUGGGACUCUGUAGUGUACCCUGGUCUAUAGCUAUUGUAUGUGCAUGUUCCUGAGUGCCUGUUAUGCACACGCAUAUGCAAUAUGUCACAAACUGUAUUUCUUGGACCCCUGGGCUAUAUUCAGUUCAUUCUCUGGAUUGUAGGGAGAAAGCCCAAUCCUUAAGGCCUAGACAGGUCUAAUUUUUAAAAAAAUUAUGUUUAUUUUUUAAUAUUUAUUUUUUAAAUUUGAGUUCUAAAUUCUCUCUGUCCGUAGCCCUUCCCUCUGCCAUUGAGAAGGGAAGUAAUGUGAUACCUAUUAAAUGUGUGAAGUCAUGUAAAACAUUUUCAUAUUAGCCAUGUUACAAUAAAAAAAAUAAAGUAAAGAAAUAUGAUUCAA